GUUAGUGGCAGUGAAGCCGUGGAGGUGAAGAGAGGAAAUCGGCGGAGUUUCCGUGGAGAAGCAGCAGCGGUUGGGGCGGCACCAUGGUCCAGACCUGCUCCGCAUACGGCUGUAAGAACCGGUACCAUAAAGACAGAGACAUCUCCUUCCACAAGUUCCCGCUGGCCCGCCCAGAUGUCUGCAGUAAGUGGGUCGCCGCCAUGAGGAGGAGCAACUUCAGGCCCACUAAGUACAGCAACAUCUGCUCGCAGCACUUCACCCAGGACUGCUUCAAGAGGGAAUGCAACAACCGCGUUCUGAAGGAGAACGCCGUCCCCUCCCUGUUUGGCUUCAGCCUCAGCAUAAAGGUCAGAGACUCUCUGGAGAAGCCGUUCCCCUCAGAGGUCCACUACGCCCUCCCCGUGACCUCUGACCCGGCAUCCGCAGAGGAGCCCAACGGCGGCCCGGCAGAUGCCCGCUGUGACUCGGCAGCGGUGUGCUGUGACCACAACUACACGGCGGAGGACUCGGCGCAGCAGAAGAGGCGCAUGGAGCAGCUGGAGGAGCAGCUGGAGCUGCUGAGGAAGAAACUGAAGACGGCGCAGCAGAAAUGCCGCCGACAGGAGAGGCAGCUGAAGAGGCUGAAGGCCGCGGGUCGCGGGCCCAGAACCGGGCCGGAACCGCUCAGCCACGGAUUCUACACAAAGACAUCCAGCACACGCUGACGGGUCAGAACUGAAGCCAGGAGGUUCCCUCAGAUUAACAUUUGGAUCCGAGGAGCUUUUAGGGGCUUCAUUCUCACCAGGAACCCAAACCAGACGGACCUUCCCGGGUCAGAACCUUGUAGAGACUGGGUGGGCGUGAACAUCUACAGAACCUUUAGAAAAUGGAGGAUCUGGCCUUUGACUAGGCCGGCUCUAGUCUUCUGCAGCCUCUAACAGGUUCUCUUCCAGCACGGUUCUGGAUUAAGCUCCAUCCAGCAGCUUCCCCGCAGCAUGCCGCUGCCUCCACCAUGCUUCUCUUGGGAAACUUGAAAUAAGUUCAGACCACCUCCUGAACAGCAGCAGCUCCUCCAGAACCACCGUGGUCCUCUAUUAUGGGUUCACUGGACUCUGGAAGAGGUUCUGGAACCUAAGCUGGAUUUGAUCAGAACCAGAACCUGAUCCCUGACCCGUCUGCUGGUUCCUCCUGUUGUCGGAUAUUUGAAGGGACCAGAACCAGAAUCAUCUGGGUUUUAUUUCAGGGCGUCCUGAUCCUGGGGGGAAAAGGAGAUUUUCCUCCUCAGUGAUUGGCUGCUUCCUAUGAUGUCAAAAAUUAAACAUAAACCUUUUGCUUGAAGAAUCAAGGGGGAGUAAAAAUGUGGUCCCUGCCCAGCAGGGGGCAGCAGGGAGCCAUGGUGAGUCCAGAGCUCACAGUGAAGAACUUGACCAAGAGCAGCCGUCUGAACCAACCAAUCAGGUUCCAGCUGCAGCAGAUGUUGCUCAGACAGGUGAUGAAGGUCUGAGGGGACGGCUGGGAUGAUGAUGAUGAUGAGGAGGAGAAAUGAUGGAGGCUCAAAUAUACGGAACUAAAUUUGGGGUUAAAGUUUGUUAAACAGAAUUAUACCUCAAAAAUAAACGUUGUUUAUUUUUUUUAGGAAGAUUAUUAAACGUUGUUUAAAAGAAAAACUAGAUUUUUAAUUGAAGUUUUUUUAUUAAAUCAAAUAUAAUAAAAUGUUCAUUUUUAUGUUUUAACCACAAGAACUGUGGAAAAUUAUUGGGAAAUCUCCAAAAGGGACUUUUCAGUGUUCAGUGCUGUGUUUUCAUGUAAGCUGCAUCCAUCUUCCCACGGUCCCUGAAUGCAGCUUCUAGCCUGGGCUGGCCCCGCCCCUCUACGAAGAGAUAUUUGUGCCUCGUUUUGAGCUCGCAGGAACCAAUCCGAGCGCGCAGUGACACAACACAAGCUCAACUCUGAAACUCUUCUCAACACACUGCGGUCGCGCUCGGUUCCUUCUCUGUUCGCGAUCGACACCAGCUGUGCGCUCGGCUCUGUCCGAAUUCUCGCAGAUUCCUAAAUGUAUGUAAAUAAACCACAA